GGGCAUAAGAAUUGAUGGACAUAAUGUUUUUUCUCAUACACUGCUUCCACUAUCUUUUGGAGAAGAAAAGGGAAGGUGUUCUUUCUCCUUCCUUAUGUGUUGUUUCAUUCCUUGAAUAGGUAAAAUUAUAAUGCAGCAAGCUGCUGCUAGCAAUGGAUUCAGGUCUACUUGGGAUCGUAUUUGGUAUGGGCCUGACAAUAGUCAUGAAGACUUAUGCAAAUCACUUCUGGAGCGCUUUGAACUGUGUGUAUCUUUUAACAGAGGAGACAGAGAUCAUAGAUGGUGCCAGGACAAGAAGAGAGAGCUUGAAGAGCAUUGUGGUGUGGGAUUUAAAUGCCUUGUGUUGCAAUAUACUCCAUUUUCUAUUUUUGCUUGAUUUGAUAUGCAUGUGGAAAAUGAGUUUAGGUCUUCUUGGAAUGAUUGGUGGGCAGAAACGAAGAAAGGGCAUUGUGGUUCAAUUUUACAAAAAUUUGAAAGGUGUUUGAAGAGGCAUGGCAAGGAGUCAAAGGAAUGCCAAUUUAAUGUUGAGACACUUAAAAACAUGUGCGAUAUAGAAGUUUAAUGACAAGCCGUUUUCAAGAGAUUUUAUUGAUGUUCAUCGUAAUUGUCCUAGUUACUUACUCAGUAAUGUAUAAGACCUUGGAAAGACAGUCAGGCGUGGAUGUUUUUAAGGAGUACUUUUAAUAUUGAGUAAAUUCUGUAAUUGGUC